GACUACCGGAAGAUCUCCUGUUUCUCAACCGCCAAGGAGAUGUGGACAAGCUUGAAGUGACGUAUGAAGGUACCGAUCAAGUUUGUGAGGCUAAAAUCGAUUUUCUCACCCAAGAGUACGAAAUGUUCCAAAUGAAGGAAGGUGAGAAAAUCGAUGACACGUUUGAUCAUUUUUCAAAAAUCAUCAACGAUCUUCAUGCCUUGAAGAAAAGCUACUCCAACAAGGAUCUAGUGAGGAAGAUCCUUCACAGCUUGACUCCUGAAUGGCGCUCCAAGGCCGAUGCCAUCUACGAGUCAAUUGGUGUCUACAACGUCACAAUCGAUGGGUUAAGAGGUAAUCUCAAAACUUACGAAUCUACCAUACUUAAUCCAUCGUUGGACGAACAAAGAAAGAAGGGAAUAGCUCUCCAAGCCACCAAGGAACCGGUGGAAGGGGUUUCAAGCGACGAUGUCAACGAGUUUGGACUCGUCAUCAAGAAAUUCCACAAAUUCAUGAAGAAGGAAUUUGAGGGGAAAGGAAGGAAGCACGACGGUCCCUCGAAGUGCUACGAUUGUGGCGAGAUUGGCCACAUCAAGCCGAGGUGUCCAAAAGCCAAAAACGGAAAGGACAAGCUCGGCUUCAGGAAGCAAAGAGCUUACAUCUCUUGGGGUGGCAGUUCCGGCGACGAAUCAACCGAUCAAGAGGAGGACGAAGUUGCCAAUCUCUGCCUCAUGGCGCACGAAGACCAAAGCGAUGAUGUACAAGAGGUAUGUACCACUUCUUCCGACUCUUAUACUUUUGAAAAAAUGCAAGAAGCACUUCGUGAACUUUACGAUGAAUUUGUUAGCGCUUCGAAAACCAACAAAUCUUAAAAGAAACGUCUUUCUACACUUGAAAACGAUUUUGAAAAGUUGGAAAAAGAUAAUGAAAAACUAAAACAAGAAAACAAUUUUUUGGAAAAAGAAGCGCUGACAAACCGGAAAGUUCUUCAAGUGAAUGUGAAUAUUGUACAGGUUUAAAAGAACAAGUCACAAAACUUGAGAGUACGGUUAAGAAAUUUAAUACUUCGCACAAAGAUUUAAAUUUACUCCUUGACACUAUGCAUUUCUCUAAGGAAGGAAUAGGCUUUAAUAAAAAUGAAGCUAAGGUUAAAGA